AGAGGCGUGAGGAGUGUCGUCCUGCUGAGACUAAUCCAGGCUGAGUAGGGAAAAGAAAGCAGGCACCUGUACAACUGCAGUAGGGAUAGAGAGACAUUAGCUAGUGAAGUGUGGAGUCAAAAAAACCAACCAUUAGUAGUCAAUAGUACUGAAUGACAAGAAGGAACAAGAAAGACAGACAGUAAAUCUCGAACCAGAGGAUUGGAGGAAUUUCAAAAGGAUUCUUUUAAAGGACCAAUUUCCCUUUAAUCCUAAGCUUCUAAUACCAAACAAACUGUUGUUAUCCAGUCAAAAUGGCUAUCAAUGGAAUAAGCAAAUCUUUAAAGCUUAAUUUUGGCCUCAUCAACUACGAGAACCGUUACCUCACAGCUGAGACUUUUGGCUUCAAGGUGAAUGCAUCUGGUAUAAGCAUGAAGAAAAAACAGCUCUGGACCCUGGAGCAGGAUGACCAGGAUGGUCAGGUGGUUUUCCUUCGCAGUCACCUUGGCCGUUACCUUUCCACUGAUAAAGAUGGCAAAGUAAAUUGCGAAUCAGAUGUUCCAGACUCAGAUUGUCGCUUUCUGAUCGUAGCUCAGUCUGACGGCCGCUGGGCCUUGCAGUCCGAGCCUCAUCAGCGAUACUUUGGAGGCACGGAAGAUUUCCUGACCUGCUUUAGCCAGACCAUUGGAGAACCUGAGCUGUGGUCUGUCCAUUUGGCCCUUCACCCCCAGGUUAGCGUUUUGAGCGUGGCCCGCAAACGCUAUGCACACCUGUCAGAUUCAAUGAACGACAUUUCUUUUGACAGUGAUAUCCCAUGGGGUGUGGAUUCUCUGAUCACCCUGGUCUACAAGGAUGGAAAAUACAGUGUGAAAACCUGUGACAACCGCUUUCUCACUAGCAGUGGAAAGCUGGUAAAUGAUUAUGGUCCUGAUACAGCUUUCACACUGGAUCUCAGGGCAGAUAAGCUGGCUUUCAAAGAUAACGAUGGAAAAUAUCUAACCCCAACGGGUCCUUCAGGCACCUUGAAAUCUGGGAAAGCUACAAAGCCGGGUAAAGAUGAGCUUUUUGAUCUGGAGGACAGUCAUCCACAAGUGGUUUUCCAGGCAGCCAACAAAAGAUACCUAUCUAUCCGUCAAGGUGUCAGCAUCUCAGCCAAUCAGGAUGAGGAGACAGAUCUGGAGACAUUUCAGAUGGAAAUUGACCAAAACACUAAGAAAUGCAUGUUCAGAACUAAUUCAGGGAAUUAUUGGACACUCGUCGUUCAUGCAGGGAUCCAUACUACAGGCACAGAAAUUGAGCCCAACGCAAUGUUCGACAUUGAAUGGCUUGGGACAAGAGUGGCUCUAAAAGCUAAUAAUGGAAAAUACGUCUGCAACAGGAAAAACGGACAGCUUGCUGCAGUCAGUGAUACAGUGGGCACUGAUGAGCAGUUCUCGAUGAAGCUGAUCAACCGUCCAAUCCUAAUCCUGCGAGGGGUGAACGGUUUUGUUUGCCACCACAAGACUGCGAAUACACUGGAUGUCAACCGCUCUGUUUAUGACAUCUUCUCACUGAUCUACAGCGAUGGUGCAUAUCACAUUAAAUGUGGAAGUGGAAAGUUCUGGUAUGUCACUAGCAGUGACGUGGUGUGUGCAGAUGGUGAAGAGCCAGAGAACUUCUUUCUAGAAUUUCUGGAGCAUGGACAAAUGGCCAUCAAGAGCAAAAAUAACAAAUAUCUGCAUGCCGACCCGGGAGGCACGCUCAAAUGUGACAUCACUACAAUGAACAGCUGCUGUCUCUGGGAGUACUGAGCCGUUUAAUAAUACUUCACUAAUGCACCCAGGAGUAGCAGCUACAGACUGAUGAAUAACUAAUAGUCGGAUUAGAUGUUAUUGGAUGACUCAUUUUAUGAAUUUCUUUUAGUUGUCAAACAUUAGCAAUACUUGGGGUCAAGUCUUUGUAUUUUCAAAUAUUAAAUAUUAUUAUUAUUUAGCUUAACUACCACCAUUAGCAGUUUAUGAUAUUGUUAUUUUAUUUUCGGUACUUCCAGCUCAAAUUAACCUGCCUUUGAUAUUUAUAUAUAAAAUACUUAAAAUGUAAUAUGAGAUGCUUGGAGUAGUGUUAGUGUGUCCUUUCAAUAAGGCUUUAAAAAGCUAUCUUUAUUGUCUGACACUUCACUGCUUCGAUCAUCAAUGGGUUUUUGUUUUGCAUUACUAUGAGUGUUUAAUGCACUUGUAGGCCAUGGGGUAACAGGUUUGGACUUAUUAUGAAUGUAACCUUUUUGCCUCUGUUUCAUUAAAACACAAAUUUCAUUCAAUUCAAUUUCCACUGUUUCUUUUUUUAUGAUAAAGGCCAUGGCUUGUCACCAUCACCCAUAAGUGAGGUUAAUUUCAGCUGAGAUUA